UACCAUGUCGGCCACCGUAGAAGACGAUAAACAUCCAGGAUUACGUUGGGAGUGCCCGGUGGUUUUAUACAUCAUUUGUAAACUAGAAAGAUUGAUAAUCAUCAAUUCCGACGACUUUGAUAGAGGCAUCCUAGCCCAAUAGAGGAAGAUGAGGCUGAAAGAGAUCCAGAGGACCGCUCAUCCAGCAUGGAGUCCUGCCCCCCACCACCCUAUCUGCCUCGCUUUAGGCACGUCAGCUCAGCAGCUGGAUGCGUCAUUCAACACCACUGCCGUCUUGGAAAUAUUCCAGGUGGAUUUUGCCGAUCCUUCCCUGGGCAUGAAGCUCAAGGGGUCCUUACCUACUUCUAACAGGCUCCAUAGUCUGGUGUGGGUAAACUUUGGAGCAGGAGAAGACGGUUUGGGAGGGAGACUGAUUGGAGGCAGUGAUAAUGGCAUGGUAACGGUGUAUAGCCCAGAAGCCAUCGUAACAUCAGGGGCAGAGGCAAUAAUAGGACAGUCGGACAAACACACUGGGCCUGUCAGAGCACUAGACUUCAACCCCUUUCAGAGUAAUCUGUUGGCAUCAGGGGCAAACGAUUCAGAGAUCUACAUCUGGGAUCUGAACAAUUUCAGCAAUCCAAUGACCCCCGGUACAAAGUCACAGCCUCCUGAAGAUAUCAGUGUGGUGUCGUGGAACAGACAGGUGCAACACAUCCUGGCCUCUGCAAACCCCAGUGGGAAAGCAGUGGUCUGGGACCUGAGGAAGAACGAGCCCAUCAUCAAGAUUAGUGACCACAGCAACCGGAUGCACUGUUCAGGGAUGCUCUGGCACCCUGAGGUGGCCACCCAGUUGGUCCUGGCCUCAGAAGAUGACCGCAUGCCAGUCAUUCAGAUGUGGGACCUGCGCUUUGCCACGUCCCCUCUCAAAGUCCUGGAGAACCACACAAGGGGACUUCUGUCCAUAGCGUGGAGCCAAGCAGACCCAGAGCUGUUGCUCAGUAGUGCGAAAGACAACAGGAUCCUCUGCUGGAACCCAACCACUGGAGAGGUGAUCUAUGAAUUACCAACGACCAAUCAGUGGUGCUUUGACAUCCAGUGGUGUCCCAGGAACCCGGCGCUGCUGUCGGCGGCCUCGUUUGACGGCUGGAUCAGUGUUUACAGCGUGAUGGGAGGAAGCCUGGAGGCCCAGCAGCAGAGCAGGGCUGAUCAGAUCUCCUCGUCCUUUGACACCAUGGAUCCGUUUGGGACAGGCCAGGUGCUGCCCCCUCUGCAAGUUCCCCAACCCAGCCCUCAGACCACCCUCGUCGCUCCGCUGAAGAAGCCCCCCAAGUGGGUUCGUAGGCCCGUAGGAGCCUCAUUCGCUUUUGGUGGGAAGCUGAUCACCUUCGAGAGUCCUAAGGCUCCAGUCCAGAGCCCACAGCCCGUCCCUGUCCCCAGGCAGGUGUUUGUGAGCCAGGUCACCACGGAAACAGAGCUCCUCCAACGUUCCAGAGAGCUGCAGGCUGCUCUGCAAUCUGGAUCUUUGUCAGACUACUGCCAGGCCAAGAUCCACAAGGCCCCCACAGACUCUGAACAGGACAUAUGGAGGUUUCUCCUGGUCAACUUUGAAGAUGAAGCCCGAGUCAAAUUCCUGAGACUUUUGGGUUUCAGCAAAGAGGAUUUAGAGAGAAAGAUAUCCACCUGCUUAGGGAAGAACCUGCAGCCUAACGGACAUGGAGUGGAUGCCAACGAUCUGGCUGAGAAGAUACAGCUUCUCUCUACUCAGAGGUCAGAAGAAUCCGGGGAUGAGGUUGACUCCACCAAGACUCCGGGUUCAUCCUCGCCCUCUGACUUUUUCAGUCAGAUCCCACCACAACCACAAGACAAGGAGAAGAUCAGCUUCCCGAUCCCUGUCUCAGCAGAUGCAGAUGGUCUGAUCAGCAUGGCUCUGCUGGUGGGAAACUUUGAGGGAGCGGUGGACCUGUGUCUGAAUGAGGGGCGCUACGCUGAGGCCAUCCUGCUGGCGAUCAGUGGAGGACAGGAGCUACUGCAGAGGACCCAGCAGACAUACCUGGACGAGCAGAGGAACAGCAUCUCUGUGCUGAUCUCAUCCGUGGUGACCCAGAACUGGGGAGACAUCGUGCAGAGCUGUGCCUUGGAUAACUGGAAGGAGGCUCUCGCUGCUCUCCUAACCUACGCUCACCCCAAAGAGUUUGCUCAUCUGUGUGAGACCCUGGGGUCGCGUCUGGAGGGGGAGAGGACAGAGAAACGCUGUCUGCAGGCAUGUCUCUGUUACAUUUGCUCUGGGAACAUUGAGAAACUAGUGGAAUGCUGGGCCCUGCAGAGGGACUGCUCAUCUCCCCUGGUUUUAGAGGACUUGGUAGAGAAGAUGAUGGUUCUGCGUAAGUCUGUGGAGCGUCUGAGGAACAGCGAGGUGGCUGUACAGAGUCCUGUCCUGGCUGACAAGCUGACUCACUACGCUGGUCUCCUCGCUUCACAAGGCAGCCUGGCUACAGCCCUGUCCUACCUGCCAGACACCUCAGACCAGGCUUGCAUCAUGAUGAUGAGAGACCGGCUGUUCCACGCCCAGGGAGAGGGAGGAUCUGCAGGGGGGCAACAGCCCCCACCGUUCCCUUACAACAGAGUCAGGGUGACUGGGGGCCAACCUGCCCCCGCUCUGGCCCCUGCUGUCCCCGUCCAAGCACAACCACCAGCACAGACACCGGGGCCCUACCAGCCUCCUCUUCCUGUGAUGUCAGUGGGUGGCCAGCCUCCUCUUCCUGUGAUGUCAGUGGUUGGCCAGCCUCCUCUUCCUGUGAUGUCAGUGGUUGGCCAGCCUCCUAUGACGACAGUCUUCACUCCUCAAGCUGCUGCUCUCUCCAGAGGGCCGCCUCCUCCUUCGUAUGGCGGUCUGCCUCCCUCCUCCCCUGCUCCUCCACCGAGUGGGCUGCCACGUACAGGACUACGGCCAGCCUACCCUCAACAUCCUGCCACUGCCCCAGGGUUCUCUCCACUCCAGCCAUUCCAGCCACAACAGCAGCCCAUGUCUGCAGGACUAGGUGGCCCCGGCCUCUCUGCCUUCCCUCCAGGACCUGCUAUGCCAGGCUCCAACCUAUCUGGACCCCCCCUGCCUCCGUUCUCUGCCCCUGGCGGCCUCCCCACCAUGCCCAGCCCAGGGCCACCUCCGUCAGGCUUCACCCCCACCUCGCUACCUGCAGGCCCCAUGCCACCCAGCUACCAGCAGCCUGGGGCCCCCGUCGGCAUGUACCCACCAGGGGGGUCUCACCUUCACAGCCAGGGCCCACCUGCAGGUCCCCCCUCUGGUCCGUACCCACCCCUGGGACCUGGGUACCCACAAGGAGGUCCUGGAGCCCCGGCCGUCAAGUCCUUCUCUGCUCCGUCGGUUGCUGCUCCUCCUACAGGACAAGAUGGAUGGAAUGACCCACCAGCAGUACGGGGGGGUUCUAGGAAGAAAAAGGUUGUCCCAGACAACUACACCCCUCCGGCUCCCAUCACCGCCCCUGUUAUGGGGGGUUUCCCCAUGGAGGGCCAUCAUCAGCCCCAAGGACAGCAGGGCCACGACCCCAGCCGCACGCAGCAGUUCCCCCCAGGGGCCCCUCAGGAGCCCAGCGUACAGCUCCUCCAGGCGCUGCCGGCUGAGAGGGUGGAGCAGAGAGAGAUCCCUGCAGAGCACAUGGUCCUCAAGCAGACCUUCGACAGCCUGGUACAGCGCUGCCAGCUCGCCGCACAAGACCCACAAACAAAAAGGAAACUUGACGAUGCAUCGAAACGCCUUGGGUACCUGUAUGACAAGCUGAGAGAGCAAACGCUGUCUAACAACAUCCUGGGGGGUUUACAUGAGAUCAGCCGCUGUGUGGCGGGCCAGAACUACCAGCGAGGCCUAGAGGUCCACACUGCUGUGGUCACCAGCAGCAACUUCAGCGAGAUCCAAGCCUUCAUGCCCAUCCUCAAAGUGGUCAUGACCAUCGCCAACAAGCUGGGCGUCUGACCACUGAUCCCACACCAAGGCAGGCUUCUAGAAUAAACCUCAUUUCCUAUAAUGCUCUACUUCUGACCAGACCCUAUGGGCUCUUUACGGGCCCCGUGGGCCCUAUGAUUUAUGAGGGCCCCGAGGGGUCUAUGAGGGCCCCCGAGGGCUCUUGUCAAAAGUAGUGCCCUAUAUAGGGAGUAGAGUGCCAUUUGGAACACUCAAAAACACACCAAGAUAAAAAAAGCCUUCAGUGUUAUCAUAUGGAUGGAUCACAAUGUUUAUAGAUUAGAUAUUUAUUUCUUUUUCAGCUGUUGAAAUGUGCUUUGAUAAAACAAAAAACAUGAUUGCAGAUGUGUGGUUUUCGCUUGACUAAAGCCGACUCAUUGAAAGGUUUCUGACUUGGCUGAUGACGAGAGGUGUUCUUCUCUCUGAGAAGACGAGUCACUGUGGUGGUUAUCAACAGCAAAACACCCAAUAGUAUUAAAGAAGUUGAGUCCUUUUAGCUUUUCGAUGGGAAGAUACCUGAUGUUAAAGAGGUGGGGGUUACUGAUGUGGGAGGAUUGUAGAUAGCUGAGGAUUUUAAUGUCGUAAUGUUUGAGAGUGGAGAAAGAUACGCAAAUGUCUCUGAACAAUGUGGGUUUGGAUUCUCUGGCUGUCAGUAGUUCUUAACAUGGUAACACAUCCAACGAAGGGAAGACUUUGUUUUGUCCACCUUCCUACCUCAUCUCUCCUUAACAAACCACACAACGUCCAGCUGAUUUUUACAAUAGUUAGGAAGAGUGAAUGAGAUAUAUACACUUUUGUAAUGCAUACUGUACCAUGGCGCUGAAAUUGUUACAUUUUUCACUGACAGACCAGUGUGCUCUACAGACCAGUGUGCUCUACAGACCAGUGUGCUCUACAGACCAGUGUGCUCUACAGACCAGUGUGCUCUACAGACCAGUGUGCUCUACAGACCAGUGUGCUCUACAGACCAGUGUGCUCUACAGACCAGUGUGCUCUACAGACCAGUGUGCUCUACAGACCAGUGUGCUCUACAGACCAGUGUGCUCUACAGACCAGUGUGCUCGACAGACCAGUGUGCUCGACAGACCAGUGUGCUCUACAGACCAGUGUGCUCUACAGACCAGUGUGCUCUACAGACCAGUGUGCUCUACAGACCAGUGUGCUCGACAGACCAGUGUGCUCUACAGACCAGUGUGCUCUACAGACCAGUGUGCUCUACAGACCAGUGUGCUCUACAGACCAGUGUGCUCUACAGACCAGUGUGCCAUCUCUUACUUUGUUCCGUUUUCAGGCCAAAGCACUGCAACAACUAGCUCUGAUCCAGGGUGUUACAUGCAGCUUGUUGACUCAGAGCUGUGUCAGAGCCUGCACAUUACGCCCUGGUCCAGAGCUAUGCAACAACAGAAUGUCAUUUGAUGAUUCUUGUGGAGUGGCUGGAUUUUUUGAAUAGUCAGUCUGCGUUACAGUCACUAUAGAGCGGCCCGCUGCUGUCAGCUAGCUUGUGUGAUUGAGAUACUGUAUGAGAACUGUGUGUGUCCUGGUUGUUGGCUUCGCCCCCUGUUUAUAGUGUGCUGGCUUCUGUUGUGUAUAAACUGUAAUGAGCAACACCACUGUAAACAGCUUUGGCGUGGUUACACUUGACAUUUCAUGCUGAUUGAAGAACGUGGCAGUUAUCGACUGAAAUAUGAAUUAUGGCAAAGAAACCCAUGAAUAAAUAUCUUGAAAUAUU